AUGGUUGACACUGAAAAAAAGAUAACGCAAGAGGCAUUACAGUUCUAUAGAAGUCUGUUGGGAUCUAAUGCCAGUCAAUUGCCUGCAAUUAAUCCGUGGGUGAUGAAGAAUGUUCAUGUAUUGGAUAGAUCACAUCAACUGCGGUUGAUUCAACCAGUAACAAAGGAGAAAGAUUUCAAAGGUGUGACGCCUGAGUUGAUUUACACUCGUUAUGCUAUUUUAGUUUUGGUUAUUCGGAGUGCAAAUGAUGAUUGGAGCCAUAAUGAGAUGAAGAUAGUGGAAGUAGUUGCUGAUCAGGUGGCUGUGGCCCUAUCCCAUGCGACGAUUCUUGAAGAGUUAAUGAGGGAGAAACUAGAAGCGAGGAACGGUUUGCUGCAACAGGCUGAGGAGAAUGUUGUGAAGGCAAGCCAGGCAAGGAAUUUGUUUCAGAAGGGAAUGAACAAUGGGAUGAGACGACCAAUGCACUCGAUUUUGGGUUUGCUUUUCAUACUUCAAGAUGAGAACACAAGCUCUAACCAGAAGAUUAUUAUCGACACAAUGGUGAGAACAAGCACCGUUCUGUUAAAUUUAAUAAACGAUGCAAUGGAUAUACCUGACAAAGACGAAGGGAGAUUUCUAGUAAAAAUGAUGCCGUUUCAGUUGCAUUCACUUAUCAGAGAGGCUUUUUGUCUUGUUAAGUGCCUGUGUUUUUAUAAGGGCUUUGGAUUUUCCAUGGAUGUUCCCAGUUCUUUAGCUAAUCUGGUGAUGGGUGAUGAGAAGAGAACGAAGACGACUUUUCUUUAA